CGACGAAUCGAUUAUCUUAUCUAAACUUACUUGGCCGUUCCUGAAAAAAUUCUCGAUCUCCUUUGAUUCGCAGCCAUGAAAACCUCUCUCCGACGGUUGCGAGGGGUGCUUCACAGGCACGAUGAAUCCAAGGAUCGGAGAGAUCUCCGAUCUCUUGCUCACAACAAUGACGAGCUCGCCCAGGCUUCCCAGGACGUGCAAGAGAUGAGGGAUUGCUAUGAUAGCUUGCUCUCUGCUGCUGCUGCUACUGCUAAUAGUGCUUAUGAAUUUUCUGAAUCUUUGAGAGAACUAGGCGCUUGCCUUCUUGAGAAAACUGCUCUAAAUGACGAUGAAGAAAGUGGUAGGGUGUUGCUUAUGCUGGGAAAAUUGCAGUUUGAACUGCAAAAAUUUGUUGAUAAAUAUCGGUCUCACAUUUUUCAAACGAUAACAGUCCCCUCAGAGUCACUUCUUAAUGAACUCCGCAUAGUUGAGGAAAUGAUGCGGCUUUGUGAUGAGAAAAGGAAUGUUUAUGAAGGGAUGCUUACAAGACAGAGAGAGAAAGGGAGGUCGAAGGGUGUGAAAGGAGAAACUUUUUCGACUCAGCAACUACAAGAAGCCCAUGAUGAAUAUGAAAACGAGACAACUUUAUUUGUUUUCCGCUUAAAAUCCUUAAAACAAGGGCAAACCCGUAGUCUUUUGACUCAGGCAGCACGCCACCAUGCAGCACAGUUAUCCUUCUUCAAGAAGGCUCUUAAUUCCCUUGAAGAAGUUGAGCCACAUGUACAGAUGGUAACUGAGUCGCAGCACAUUGAUCACCAUUUCAGAGGAUUAGAAGAUGAUGAUGGGGAUGAUGAAAUCGAAAACAAUGACGACGAUGGUUCUGAGGUCAAUACUGAUGGAGAGUUGAGUUUUGAAUAUAGAGAGAAUUUCAAGGACAACCAUACGGAUUCUUCACCUGUUCUCUCCUCAGAGCUGGGUCAGUCAGACAUCACAUUUCCACUAGUUGCAGGACCAAACACUGCGCAGCAGAAACAUGAGGAAGGAAAUUACAGGAAGUCUUAUUCCUUUAGGAGAGAUGUUAGGAUAGAGAGCCAAUCAGCACCUCUCUUUUUCGAAAACCGCACAACUCUCCCUUCAGAUAAACUGUUACGGAUGCGAUCAUCUCUGACGCGGAAAUUCAGCACUUACGCAUUGCCGACGCCUGCGGAAACAGCAAGAAGUCCCUCAUCUAUGACAAGUCUUCGUAACAACAGCAACAUGGCUUCAUCUAACCCUGCAAAGGCAAUUACAAAACAGGUUUGGCAUUCAUCCCCAUUAGAAGCUCCUGGACCUGCAAAGUUCUCUUCUAGACCAGUGACAGCCUUGAAAGAACAAGUCCUGAGAGAGAGUAACAAGAAUGUAUCUUCUCGGUUGCCUCCACCUUUAUCAGAUGGACUGUUGUACUCUCGUAUGGGGACACUCAAGAGACGAUCCUUUUCUGGUCCACUAACAAGUAGACCCUUGCCUAACAAGCCUCUGUCUUCAGCGCCUCGUUUAUACUCAGGUCCAAUCCCAAGGAAUCCAGUUUCCAAGCUACCAAAAGUGUCAUCAUCAUCUCCAACUGCUUCUUCCCCUACUUUUGUCUCAACACCUAAAAUAAGCGAGCUCCAUGAGCUUCCUAGACCACCACCAUCAAGCAGCUCUGCUAAGUCCUCUAGGGCAUUUGGAUACUCAGCACCUCUGGUUUCGAAAAGCCAAUUGCUUGGUAAACCUCUAAUUUCAAGUUCACCAUCUCCUCUCCCGACACCACCUGUAAUCUCUCGUAGCUUCUCUAUACCUACUAGCCACCUUAGAGCAGCAGAGUUAGAUAUGUCUAAGACGACUCCCUCGCCUCCUUUAACCCCAAUGUCAUUGACCCAUCCACCUCCUUCUGCUCUCCCUGAGCAUGCAGACCACCUAACCAUGUCCAAACAAGAGAGGAAGACUUAA